AUGGAAGAUCAUUAAUUACUCUCCUUUAUCAAUAAAAGAAUGUAAUUUAGUUAACUAAAAUAUUAAAUAAAUGUAGAAUCUAUGUUAUUUGAUUCAAACAAUUAAGAGAUAAGUAAAUUGUGAAGUAAAUUAUAAUUCAAGUUAAAACAAUUAAUCAAAUAUUUUAAUAACACAUCUAACUUUUCUAGAUAAUUUAACAAUAAAAUUUAGUAGUAGAUCAUAUAAGUGCUUUAGUUUGUAAAAAUAUUUUAGUAAAUGGUUUUAUAGAAAGGAGACUGUAUAUUAUUUCUCUUUUAUUUUAGUACUACUAAACUAUUUAGAACAAGAGUUUUUAAUACAAAAUAAAAUUGUUUAGCUUUAGCAACAAUCUAAUUUAAGAAUUAUAUGAUGAAUACAUUAAGAAUAUUAGAUUUGAAGGAUACAGCAUUAGAGGAAUUGCUGAAAGUAAUCGCAUUUAUAAAAAUAUAUUUUAAGGAUUAGAAUAUUGAACUUUAAUUUGAUUUAGAAGAGACUUAAUAGUUUAUGAAUAGGCAAACAUAAGAAGAAUAAAAUGGUAUUAUUUUGAAGAAUAUAAAAAGAUUUUAUUAGAAAUUAUAUCUUAUUUAAUUUGAAAAAUAACAAAGGCUUUAUUUAAAAUUUGAAAUUAUGGAGAUUGAAAUACAGAGUUUAAAAUAAUGAUUAAUUAAAAUCGAAUACAAACAUCUAAGUUCAUUUUCUUGAUUGGUCAGAAUAAGUUAAGGAUAUUAUAGAUAAAUUAUAGAUGACUUAUUAUUUUAAAUUAGGAAAGUUCUAUUUAGCAGAUGUAAAUGAUAAAUUUGCAUUUAAACCAUUAAAUUGUAUAUCUUAGAUAUAUGAAAAAAAGAAGAAUAAUUUUGUUAUAAUAGAUUCUUUGUAAAAUCUUAUUAGAAAUCAUGUAUAUGAUUAUAAUAAGAUAUAAGUUAUAUUUGGUAAUAAAUCUCCUAAAGAAGUUUUGAUAUCUUUUCUUGAGAUUUUGGAUUGGUGUUAGGACAUCUUAAAGUGGGAGAAAGUAUUUAUAAAUUGAAGAUUUAGAUAAUAUAAAACUUUGUUGAGAAUAUUAAAAAAGAAUAUUAAAGAACAAUAUCAUACAAUGAUAGUUCAGGAGAUGGAGGUUUUGAAAUGGAAGAAUAUCUUGAAACAAUUCUUACUGAUAUUAUUACUAAAUAUGAAGAAAGAAUAGAUAAAUAAAUAAAUUAUAAAUUUAUUGAUAUUGAUUAAUUAGAUAAUUAGAAAAUAGAGGGAAUUCUUUAUGAAAUAACAAAAGAUGGUAUAGAUUUUUAUAAUGAUGAAUUUAUGAUAUGUGGAAGUGUUUAAUUUUCAGUGUAAUAAAAAAGUAGGUUGAUUGGUAAAAUAGGAUAAUUAGUAAUGGAUAUGCCAGAAAUAUAAAAGUAAUUGAUUUGAAAUUAAUUAGAAUAAAUUUUAUAAUGAAUGAAUUAAGUUAGGAAUAUUUAUAAACUUUAUGGUAAUGUAAAAAUUUUAAGGAAAAGUUAAUUAAGUAAAGAUAAUAUAAAAAUUAGAUUAUUUUUAUUUAGAAUAAGAUAUUAGAUAGAAAUAGAAAAUUAAAGGUAAGAGAGAUUAGAUAAGGAAAUAUUAAUAGAGAUAUGAACAAUUUAGUAGAGUGA